CCAACCGGGCGGGACAUCCGGCCCCGGGCAGUCGCAGCAGCCGCCCACCAACCCUCCCUCCGGAGACCUCGGAGCGGCAGCCUUAGCCCCAGACGCCUACCCUGAGACCGCCGAGGCCUGCCCAGGCCCACACCCGUAGCAGCAUGUUCCCCCGCCCUCUGACCUCCCUAGCGGCUCCGAAUGGUGUGGAGCCCCUGGGCCGGACGCUGCGGCGAGCCCGGCUGGGCAGGGCCCGGGCCGGGCAUGGGGGGCCGCCCCUGCUGUUGCCGUCCAUGCUGAUGUUCGCGGUAAUCGUGGCCUCCAGCGGGCUGUUGCUCAUGAUCGAGCGGGGUAUCCUAGCAGAGAUGAAGCCCCUUCCCUUGCAGCCUCCCAGCCACAAGGGCGCGGCCUGGCGCGGGACAGCCUCCAGACUUGGGAGCCUGCCUCUGGAUGCUGGGAAUUCGGACUUGCAAGUGCGACAGGACGUUCGGAACCGGACUUUGCGGGCGGUGUGCGCACAACCCGGCAUGCCACAGGACCCCUGGGACUUGCCGGUGGGACAGCGGCGCACCCUGCUGCGCCAUAUCCUUGUAAGUGACCGCUAUCGCUUCCUCUACUGCUACGUCCCUAAAGUGGCUUGCUCUAACUGGAAGCGCGUGCUGAAGGUGCUGGCGGGCGUCCUGGACAGCGUGGAUGUUCGCCUCAAGAUGGACCACCGCAGUGACCUGGUGUUUCUGGCAGAUCUGCGACCGGAGGAGAUUCGCUACCGCCUGCAGCACUACUUCAAGUUCCUGUUUGUGCGGGACCCCUUAGAACGCCUUCUGUCUGCUUACCGCAACAAGUUUGGUGAGAUCAGAGAGUACCAGCAGCGCUAUGGGGCCGAGAUUGUCAGGCGCUACCGGGCUGGAGCUGGUCCCAGCCCGGCCGGGGACGAUGUCACCUUCCCAGAGUUCCUGAGAUACCUUGUGGACGAGGACCCUGAGCACAUGAAUGAGCAUUGGAUGCCUGUGUACCACCUGUGCCAGCCUUGUGCUGUUCGCUACGACUUUGUGGGCUCCUAUGAGAGGCUAGAGGCUGAUGCCAACCAGGUGCUAGAGUGGGUGCGGGCCCCACCUCAUGUCCGAUUCCCAGCUCGUCAGGCCUGGUACCGGCCAGCCAGCCCCGAAAGUUUGCACUAUCACCUGUGCAGUGCCCCACGGGCCCUGCUGCAGGAUGUGCUGCCUAAGUAUAUCCUGGACUUUUCCCUCUUUGCCUACCCAUUACCUAAUGUCACCAGAGAAGCCUGUCACCAAUGACUGUGGGCCAGCAGCUUCUGCCUUUGUUCAGAGAAACACACGCACACACACACACACAUACGCUCUGAGGCUUGGGGGCUUCUCUAGAUGUCUAGAUGGCAAGGACUGCCCUUAGGGGAUCCUUGACCAUAGUGAAUGCCCACAGUGGCUCAGAGGACACAUCCAGUUAGGAGGCCUGCUGCUCCUACUGGAGGAAUCUUUUAGGGACCUGUGGGGUCCCUGUCUGGCAGGGCCAGACACCAGUGUGUUAUUGAAGCUGUACAUUUGAUCUAAAGACUGACUGUAGGCCCCUGGCUGCUGGGCCUGUGCAGUCCACUUGAUCAACAAUAAUUUACCUGUGGCCAACCCAAAGGUGGCACCAGCCAAGUGCAUGACCAGUGCCCAGGUCCCUGUGGCUCUGAUCCCCCAUUCAUCCACCCCAUGUGCCUCAGGACUGGAAUGGUGCCUUAGAAAUGCAUUUUGUGCCUUUCUGCUCCAGACUCCAAAUUUCCUACACUUACCAGAUUAAGGAAAACUGAAGGAGGGCCCUUGCCUUAUAGCUCUGGGACCCAGUCCCUCAAGCAUCCAAAGAUUCCUGUGCCCAGCCCCUUCCUAGGGAUCUAGGAACCUCUUCAGAAAUCCUUCCUUCCCUACAAGGCUUUGAGGUUGUGAUUGUGGCUGGGUGUAUCUGGCUGCCACUUGUCUAAUGCAUUUAUUUAAACUGUAUAUAUUUUGAUAGACUGCUUGUAAGGGCUGAAAUUUUAAUAAAACUUUUGUAUAAAGUGA